UUAGAAGGAGACUCUGCAGCCGAUUCUGGGCGAAGCUUGGAUGUAAAUCCCGGCAUUCAUGCGUGCUUCACCACCGACUUCUGUGGGAUAGUCCCCACGUUCCAAUACUGAAUCCGGCAAUGAAAGCUGUUCCGCCACCGACUUUUGUGUAAUCAGAGAUGAUUCUCUCUCAUCGUCUUCCUCAGCAACUCGCAGAGACUCAUCACUGCGACCUCUCCCCCUCUUCCUCCUCCUCCUCUUCAUCUUCCACAUAUUGGGGAAAAUGGGGUGGAACCACCCCGAGAUCUCCCUCGAGGAUCUGCUUGUUUUGAUCAAAGGGUUCGUGGAUAUGCUAAUCCUCGCCUCGGGUUACCAAUCCUCCGGUGUUCCCGCCCUCUGGGACGUCGACAACAUCAAGAGGUUGCUGCGUUGGGGCCUCUUCUUCGAGGACGUCUUCAAACGCAUUAAUGAUUCCGUUGAGUAUGAGGGUUGUGUAAAGGAACUUGACGCAGCCCUGCUUGAUCUAACUUCCUAUCCACUUUUUCCUAAGGGUCUUUCUGAUAUGUCUUCAGCCACUUUGUCGGAAACAAGGAACUUGGUCUUGGAACAUUUACUUCAAAUGCAUCCAAUGAAAGCGGCACACCUUAAUGCUAUUUUCGCAGCAGUGAUUGAGAUGGAUAUGGACGACGUUGCUGGAAUGGAUAAUGAUAACCGGGGUAGAUAUAUGGAGAAGCUAUUAAAGCAGAUGGAAUCUCUAAAUAUCCUAACAAAGGACGAGUACAUGUUCCGAAAUUCAAUGGACUCGCACAGUUUAAUUGAUUUCCAGCUUAGUGACAGUCUGAAACGCAACAACCAUAAUCCUGGAUCUGCUGUUACGUCUUAUGUUAAGUCUAAGGAACAUUCUCUUGAUGGUCACUCGAGUUUCUUAAUUCAAGAGAUCGUAAAGAGACAAGACUUGAUUUCAUGCAUAUCUUCUGUUGAGAGUGGUCUGAGUACACUUUUAAAGGCUGUUGCGAAGAACAGCCUUGGGUUUGAAAGUAAUUCAUAUCAAGGGCAACCAUCCAACUGCAAGGAAGCAGAAACGGUGGUAGAGUGUUUUCUGUGGAAAGAGUGGAAAUCGAGAUGUUUGUCGUACCUGCUUGACAAAAGAACAAUUAAAAUACUCUCUGGCGCUAACUUAAUCUUCAGCGCGCCUAAGGACCAAUGGAUUAAAGUGUUUGAGCAAUUAAAAGUUCCGUCUGACACUUCUCAAGACAAUCUUCUUGAAAUUAUGAUAUGCUUACUAGGCUUGAUUUCAAGGCAAUGGAAUAAUUUGACAGAAAGCUUCACAGCAAGUGCCUGUGAUCUCCUUCCCAUCUCUAAGCAAUACUAUUGUCUUCACCAAUUGGUUCAAGGAAAUCCUCAGGACAAGCCUCCUGAGAAGUUAGUAACAGGUUCCAAGGAGGAGAUCCUUGAGUAUGUAACAAGAUCAUUGACUGUUCAACCUCACAAAUUAUGGCUACUACCUCCAGUUCUUACCGCUGCUGCCAUUCCAUCUUGUAGGUCUAUGUUGUUCAAGUUGUUCAUGGCUGAAAUAGACAGGCAGUUCAAUGGAGCUUCUCUCGAAAACAGGCAAUGCAAUUGCAGUCAGGAUGGAACAGAGCAGCACCGAAACUGUGAAGUUGCUGACAGAAUUCGGUGUCUAUAUACAUUCCAUAUACAAAGUUCUCAUGUACUGUUCGAUGGGUAGUGCUUCAUUCUAAUCGAUGCUCAAAACUACACAUUUGACGAUUAUGAAGUACUGAAAGGGACAACAACAAAGUUGAAGCAAAAAAUAUUGAGCAGAUCAGAUGAGGUCGAAUAUGGCACAUUGUACAGUGAAGAAGUAUAAAGGGACCCGUAAAAUACGACUUAAAUGAAGGGAUAUUUGCAAAAGAAGCGAGAAUGAUGUCCUAAAAAAGCAUGAAAAAGCUUAACGAAGUCUACUGUAAAAUGUGAAGCAAAUGAAUUGCGUAUGAAAGAUGAUCAAAUCAGUCUAUGGGACUAUAGGAGAGCAAAACGACGCAUGAAUGGAGUCUAUAUUUUUUUUUUCAUUAUCUUCACUUGAAUUCACAAUUAUUUGUAGAAUUUGAUGGUUGGAUGGAAUUUUUCUGCCUGAAAGGCGAUUCUUCUUUUCAGAUUGAAAUUUGUAGCCAGGUUUUUUUCUUUCCUUCUUUGCAACAGGCAGCCAGAUGUGCAUAUGUUACCUUACCUUAACUUUCUACAGUGUUUUGUAGUCGUAGUGUCCCUGUAAUAUGUCUAUGUUAUUUUGCUUCUGUGAUUGAAAUAAUAUGAGAACUCAUCCCUAGCUCUUUAAAA